AGGAUGCCUGCCAUAUAUGUGUGUGAAACGUCUGGAGAGAAUGCUUCUGGAACAUAGCCACACAGCCUGGAAAACCCACCGCAACCCAGUGUUGAAGGCCAUGAAAGCCUUCGACAACGCAUUUCCAACUUCCUUUCAAAGCAGUCAUCACAUUAGGGCGGCUCAGAUAUCACCACAGGCACUGUUCUUUGAGUCUUCCCAAAAUGAAGUUGUCUCCUUUCAGACUGAAGAAGCUUGCAUCUGAAACCAAAGAAAAGAAAAGGAUAAAGACCCUUGAGGUGCCUACCUGCCCGGUGCAAGAGGAGCCAGAGCCUGUGAGCUGUGUCCUGCAAGGAGAUGAAAUCCAAGCGUUAGCCAUAAAAUUAGAAGACUUAGCGAAGCUUCGUACAGCACAUCUUCCUCAAGAGGAGAAAGAGAAAUCUCAUGUAACGAAGAAGUUCCUUGUUCGCAAAUCCAGGCCUCAGGAGAUUAAGAAGAAAGCACAAUUCCUGGUUGCUUAUCCAACUCUCGCAGAUGAAUCCAAGAAAACACUGCAUUAUUCUGGUAUAGAAGGACCAGUAAUUGACAGCUAUGGACAUAUCCUCCCACACACAAUCUUAGGAACUCUCCAGGAAUUCAAAGAAGAAGCUUUAAGAAGAGGACACUCCCAGGUAGCAAGUCUAGUUCCUGAUGACUCCCAGCUUACAUGUGGAGUCUCUGUUUUGGGGAAGUAUAGAGAGAAACAUGAAGAAGAAAAGAAAACUGAGCAGAGACCUUCAUCACAGAACAUGGCCCUUCAGAACUGGUACCGCAAUAUGGCACUCAGGAGGAAGCAGCAGAAAAAGCUGUCAGAAUAUCUUCAGAAAUCAGAAAGCAACUUAGUGAUGAACUUUUCAGAGAAUUACAGGAAAGUUCAAGAACAGCGUACGCUGAUCGACCGCAGUAUUCCUGCUCUGUUCUCUGGGAAGGGCUAUAGCGGACAGGAAUUCUGGACUGAGCCUGUAUGCUUUGGCGAUGAGGUCAGUGGCCUGGCGGUAACUCUGGGUCAAACUGAACGAGGCUUCCCGGAAGAAGUCACACAUGUUGGGAAACCUCACAGAAUCUGGAUGGAAAUGGGUACCAGACCUCCAAAAUACCAAGUUUUCCAUUAUACUUGGGAGAAGAGUCUCUUUUUAAAGCAUCGGCGAAAUGAGUUAAAGGAAGUCUUAGAAAAACUGGAUUUUUAUAACCCGGACAUAGAUGGCCUGGAGGUCAUAGGCAGAAAUCGACCUUUCACUAGCGUAUCUGCAAAGAGCUUUUCAAUCUCUGAAGAUAAAGAAUUUCUUGAUGAAAAAAAAAUCCCGGACCUCUUAGAAGAAUAUCCAGAUAUCUUUUCAGAACCAGUAUUGGGUCCUUCGCUGAAAUUUUGUGGACAGCCAGCUCGCUGGAUCAACACUACAGUGCCGAAGGGAGAGGUUGGCAUUGCUGCCCGGGUCACCUUUGAAAUUCUGGUAGGAGAAAAGGCUGAAUCUCUUCUCACAGUGACCAAUGAUGGCACUGCAGCCAUCUGGUAUGAUUGGCGAAGGCUGCCUCCUCCAUUUUCCUUCCAGGAGAAAAAGAGGGAAAGGGUACAGAAUUUUUACUUUAACACCAGGUCAGGGGUUAUUCUGCCUGGAGAAACCAAGCGGUUUUCCUUCAUUUUCAAGUCCAUGAACACAGGCAUCUUCCAUGAGUCCUGGGAGUUUAGUACUCGUCCCACGUUACUAGGAGGGGCUGUGUUGCAAGUGACUUUAUGGGGAGUUGCCCUGUAUGAAGAUAUAUCCUUUGGAAUCAGGGAAGAGUUGCAGAAAACAUUGGAAGAGCGUGAAGCUGCUGUCAUUGUGGAAGAGAACCUCAAGGAUCUGCUUGAUCAAAUUCGUACCCCAGAGCGAGCACGGUCUCCUCUUGAUGCCUACGUCACGGAGGAAGAGUUAUUCCUAAGAAAAAAUCCAGAGCUAUACUACGAGCACCAAGUGGUAAGGGAGCUCCAUGACUUAUGGGACAAGCUCAUGAACCCUCCUCAGGUGGUGGAAGUCUAUAUGUACAGUGACUCCCCACCAAAGAGUGCGGUGGAAGCACAGAAGAGUCCCGAGGACACUAGUCACCGUAAGAGUGUCUCCCCAGAUAUUUCAAAAGCAAGGAAGUCUAUGGUAGAAGAGGUGACACCUCGCUUGCCUGAGCGUUUGGUGCAGGAGAUGAAGCCAGUGGAUCCAGUGGAUCGGGUGGAGUGGAAUCUUUCCGUUGCAGAUUUCAAACAGUCUGUGCUUGCAAUCCCUGAGGAAGAUGAGCGAGAAGCUGCCCUGACUCAGCUCAAUAAAGCAGCGCUGGAACUUUGUAUUGCACCUUUGACGACAUGGACAGAACUCUUGUACUGCAUAUGUUUCCAGUUGUGGUGUGAGGUAAUUGAUGGCCUGGUGACGCACUCUCUGAUGCUCAGAUCCCUGCUUGGUAUGCCUGAGAAAGACACCUACCUUGAAGUUGUACCAACAGAGUCAGUUGAAAUGACACCAGUACCUGUAAAGACGGGGAGGGAGGACCAGAGAGUUCAAAAAGAAGAUAGGAAGGUUGCAGGGAAAGAAAAAGAAAAAGGAAGAGCCUCUAAAGAGCAGGAGCGUUCAAACAGCAGAAAGAUGAAACAGAAAGAGGAGAAAAAAUCAAAAAGUUCCGUCAAGGAAGCAAAAGAGACAGUCUCAAUAUCUGUGGAUGCUGCUGAAGCAGAACAACCAGACCGCCGUGAACAAGUGGAUCCUGUUGUGCAGGAAAAAUAUCAUGAGAAACUUUAUGGUGAAUGCCCAGAAUUGGACUCAGUCUUCCAGGUGAGGUCUGAUCAAAGCAGAAUAGAGCUGCACCAUUACUACUUCUGCUUACCAGGGAAAAACAGCCUGUUAAGGAGAAACGUCUGCGCAAUUCCUCUAGAUUAUUCACAUCAUCACCUGUAAAGAAGUGUGUGUUUUUGUUUUGAUUUAUGGAUGACAUGUUUGUUUGAUUUUGUUUUAGAAGUCAUGUUUGGCUAAGUUUAAAAUGGGUAAGUACUGGAGUUAUCAAUACAUGGGGGAAGGUAACCAACUCAGCAUUCUGAGGCAGGUUACCCUAGCAACGGGGACGGAGCCAACCGGCGUUUGAAGGAAAAAGGAGGGAAUGUUUUAAAAACAGGUCAGUCUGUAAUGGUGGAAUUACAGUGAAGACUGGUUCUCAAGUGGAGGAUCAGGGUGGCUCAAAUGAGGGAAUUUGAGUCAAUUCUAAAAUAAGGUGACUUAUUUUAGGUAGUGUGUGUUUUUUAGUCACAGAGAAGACACUGGUUCCAAGUUAGGAAAAACCAGGGAAACUCAGGUCUCUAGUUGUGUCAAAUUAAGCAAGUUGGGUGACUUGUUUAUAUUUAUUGUGGAGUCUGAAUAGUAAGGGGAAGUAAUCCCGGUUAGAUCCAAAGUGAUCAGGUUUAGACUGCUCAAGGGAAAGGAGCAAGUAUUUUGAAAGUGUAUUCCUCAUAAGUUAUAUUUGCAACAGAUUAAGAAAGUUUAACUCUGAGAAACAAAUUGUAACCACUAAGCUCUGUACCUGAAAUAAACUUGUUAUCUUUCAACA